AUGGUCAAUCCGCCGCUGGAGCCCGGCGUGGGCUAUGGCAUUGUCCUCGGCCUGGGCUUUGCCUUUGCCUUGGGCAUGAUCCUCGUCACAUUUGUCCUCAGGCGAUACAACUCGGAACUCGUAACGUCGGAAAUGUUCAACACGGCAGGAAGAACAGUCAAGAGUGGCUUGGUCGGAUCCGCAGUCGUCAGUUCAUGGACAUGGGCCGCCACUCUGUUGCAAUCAACCGGUGUGUGCUACAGAUAUGGAGUUUCUGGUCCCUUUUGGUAUGCGUCUGGUGCUACCGUCCAGAUCCUCUUGUUUGCGACGCUGGCCAUCGAGCUGAAGAGACGCGCCCCGAACGCUCACACCUACCUUGAGGUUGUCAAGGCUCGAUAUGGAACCUGGGUACACGCUGUGUUCAUGGUGUUCGCUCUUGCUACCAAUAUUCUCGUCAGUCUGAUGUUGAUUGUUGGAGGAUCUGCGACAGUAUCAGCACUGACCGGAAUGAACCAAAUCGCGGCCAUCUUCUUGCUCCCUGUCGGUGUGGUAGCAUAUACUCUGGUCGGAGGUCUAAAGGCAACGAUUUUGACGGACUGGAUUCACACAUUUAUCCUGUUGAUUAUCAUCAUCAUCUUUUCUCUCACAGCUUAUGCAAGCUCCGAACAGCUUGGAUCACCAUCGGCAGUCUAUGACUUGCUCGUCGAGGCUGCCCUCAGUCACCCAGUUGAGGGCAAUGCCGAGGGAAGCUACCUGACUAUGCGAUCGCAGGAGGGUGUCAUCUUUUUCGUCAUCAACAUUGUCGGCAACUUUGGUACCGUGUUCCUGGACAACGGAUACUACAACAAGGCCAUUGCUGCCUCGCCCGUCCACGCUCUGCCUGGCUACAUCAUUGGCGGACUGAGCUGGUUCGCCAUCCCCUGGCUGACUGCAACGACCAUGGGUCUCUCAGCACUGGCCCUAGAGUCAUCACCGAGUUUCCCGACCUACCCGGAUCGCAUGAGUGACGCCGACGUCUCGGCCGGUCUGGUACUGCCAUAUGCGGCUGUUGCGCUUCUUGGGCGCGGGGGUGCCAUUGCGACGCUGCUCAUUGUUUUCAUGGCCGUUACCAGUGCAACCUCGUCGGAACUGAUCGCCGUCUCUUCGAUUUGCACCUAUGAUCUGUACAGAACAUACUUUAAGCCAAAUGCAAGCGGCAAGACCUUGAUUUGGAUGUCUCACUGCAUUGUCAUUGCCUACGCCCUUUUCAUCUCGGCCUUUUCAGUCGGUCUGUACUACGCUGGAGUUUCCAUGGGAUACCUGUAUCUGAUGAUGGGAGUUGUCAUUGGGUCUGCAGUUCUGCCGGCCACCCUGACGCUGGUCUGGAAUGGACAGAACAAAUGGGCCGCGGGAUUGUCACCGAUUCUUGGUCUUGCUUUUGCGCUCAUUGCCUGGCUCGUGACUGCUCGCAAGGAGUGUAACGCACUUGAUGUUACCUGCACUGGCGGAAACAACCCCAUGCUUGCCGGAAAUGUUGUCGCUCUCCUAUCGCCCGCUGUCAUUAUCCCGAUCUUGUCGCUGGCUUUUGGCCUACAGAAAUACGACUGGGUGUCCAUGAUGGAGAUUCGCAGGGGCGACGACCACGAUCUCGCCGACACGGCCGGCGUGGACCUGGAGAACACGGUGGGAGGACACACGGAGACGGCGGCCGAGUUCGAGGCCGAGCAGGCCAAGCUCAGCCGCGCCAGCAAGAUAUCCAAAUGGACCACCGUGUUCCUGACGCUGGCGUUCCUGGUCGUCUGGCCAUUCCCCAUGUACGGGUCCUCGUACAUUUUCUCCAAGCCCUUCUUCACCGGCUGGGUCACGGUCGGCAUCAUCUGGAUCUUUUGCUCGCUGGGCGCCGUCGGCCUGUUCCCCGUCUUUGAGGGCCGGCGCACGCUUGUGCGCACGACCAAGGCCAUUUUCAACGACAUUACCGGCAAGAAAUCGGCCAAGACCAUCCGCGCCGAGCAGACGGAGGAGAUUGAAAGUGAGAUCCGCGCGGAAAAGGAGAAGGAGGCCAAAGGUACCGAGACUCCUCCCAGCAAAGAAGUCCGUUCAGACCCGGGCGUUGUUGCGCAGUAG